UGUGCAUUCUUGUGGUUGGCGACACUGUACGAAACGCUGGGAUUGCUUUGGACGGCUUGGUUUUGUGGUCCUUAUGCUUGUAUACGAUGAUUGAAUGUAUCAAUCAGUUCAGUGAGUGUUUAAGUGCGGUUAUUGUUCUGUGAAGAAUAAUCUCAGUGAUAACGCAACAACAAAGAUGUCUGACUCAGAUGGAAACUCCUCAGACGCCUCAGGCUCUGGGUCCCAUGUAUCAAAUAGAUCACGUAGAUCAAGGGGUAGCAACAGGAGCAGAUCAGUUAGCAAGUCAGUAUCCAGGUCAAGAAGUAGAUCUCAAUCAAGGUCCAAAAGUAGAUCCCGCUCUAGGUCUAGAAGCAGAUCAAGAUCCAAAUCUGGCAGUCGGUCUGGUUCUGAGGCCAGAGAAGGCUCUGAACCAGAUGUGGGAGAUGAAGAGGAGCCUGAUGGUGAUUCUCUCCAUGACUCUGAGGAAUAUGAUAGUGAGGAAGAUGACAGUGAUGAUGGCAGAGGUAGAAAAAAGAAGAAGAAGGACAGAUUCAGAGGUUUCAUCAUUGAUGAAGCUGAGGUUGAUGAUGAAGUAGAAGAUGAGGAUGAAUGGGAAGAGGGUGCCCAAGAAAUCGGAAUUGUUAACAAUGAAAUUGAUGAAUUGGGACCAACAGCUAGGGACAUUGAAGGAAGGCGUAGGGGUACCAAUAUGUGGGACACACAGAAGGAACAUGAAAUUGAGGAAUAUUUAAGGAAAAAAUAUGCAGAUGAUAGUGUCCCAGCCAGGCAUUUUGGUGAUGGAGGUGAAGAAAUGUCAGAUGAAAUAACCCAACAGACAUUGCUGCCAGGAGUAAAGGAUCCUAAUUUGUGGAUGGUAAAAUGUAAGAUCGGAGAAGAAAAAUCUACCGUUUUACUGCUGAUGCGUAAGUUUUUGGUUUACCAAAACAAUAACGAACCUUUGCAAAUAAAAUCUGUCGUUGCUCCUGAGGGAGUGAAGGGUUACGUGUAUAUAGAAGCGUACAAGCAACCUCAUGUUAAAAACGCGAUUGAAAAUGUUGGAAAUCUACGUGGAGGCAUUUGGAAGCAGCAAAUGGUACCGAUCAAAGAGAUGACAGAUGUUUUGCGCGUUGUCAAAGAGCAAGCUGGUUUGAAAUCUAAACAAUGGGUUCGUCUACGAAGAGGUCUUUAUAAAGAUGACAUCGCUCAAGUCGAUUAUUUCGAUAUGGCUCAAAAUCAAGUACAUCUUAAACUGCUGCCACGCAUUGACUACACGAAACUCAGAGGAGCAUUGCGAACAACGCAAACAGAAUCAGAUUCUUUAAAAAGAAAGAAGGCUCGCAGGCCGCCAAGCAAACAUUUCGAUCCGGAAGCAAUUAGGGCUAUUGGAGGUGAAGUCACAUCAGAUGGUGACUUCCUUAUAUUCGAGGGAAACCGUUACUCUCGUAAGGGAUUCCUUUACAAGAACUUUACACUGAGCGCAAUCAUGGCUGACGGAGUAAAACCGACUAUCGAAGAACUCAGCAAAUUUGAGGAACAGCCAGAAGGAAUUGAUUUGGAGUUGUCCUCUGAAAAAGAAGAUAAAUCGUUACCACACAGUUUCAGUGCUGGUGAUAAUGUUGAAGUAUGCGAGGGUGAAUUGACUCAUCUGCAAGGCAAAAUUUUAACUAUUGACGGAAGCUUGAUAACAUUGAUGCCCAAACAUGCUGAAUUGACGAGCCCCCUUCAAUUCCCAGCUAAUGAGUUACGAAAAUACUUCAAGAUGGGUGAUCACGUGAAAGUACUUGCUGGACGUUACGAGGGUGAUACCGGCCUGGUAGUUCGUGUGGAGCAAAAUCGUGUCGUUUUAAUCUCUGAUUUAACUAUGCACGAAAUGGAAAUUCUGCCCAAGGACUUGCAGCUUUGUACCGAUAUGGCUAGUGGUGUAGAUUCUCUCGGUAAAUUCGAAUGGGGAGAUUUAGUUAAUUUGGAUUCGGAAACUGUCGGUGUUAUUGUUAGAUUAGAAAGGGAAAAUUUCCAUGUUCUUAACAUGCAUUGCAAAGUCGUCGAAUGUAGACCCAGCUCGCUUCAAAAACGUCGUUUGAAUCGUUUUACCGCAGCGUUGGACGCUUAUCGCAAUAAUUUACACAGAAAGGAUAUUGCUAAAGUAAUUGAUGGUCCGCAUUCUGGUUUCUCAGGAGAAAUCAAACAUUUAUACAGAAAUUACGCCUUCUUGCAUUCUUUGGAAUUUUUACAAAACGGUGGUAUAUUCGUAUGUAAAACGAAACAUCUUUUCCUCUCCGGAGGUAACAAAAAUGGACCCAACGCCGAAAUUUCAAAUGGUAUGGAAUUUAUGUCACCGAGAAGGCAAUCGCCGAUGCAUCCAUCCAGCGGUGGUGGUGGUGGUGGAAUGAGCGAGCGAAGCAACGGUGGUGGUGGUGGUGGUGGAGGACGAGGAGGCAGAGGUGGCUUCAGAGGAAGCGGUCGUGGACGUGGUGGUGGUCGCAGUCAGAAGGAUCGUGACCUCAUCGGCACCACAAUCAAAAUCAUCAAAGGACCGUUCAAGGGCAGCAUCGGUAUCGUCAAGGAUGCCAAAGAAAGCAGCGCUCGUAUCGAGCUUCACACGAAUUGCCAGACCAUCUCGGUCGACAAGAAGCACAUCCAAGAUGUCGGUGCCCCAAACAAAGAUCAUUCUGCAUCUUCGUACUCUCGUACUCCAGCAUAUGCCGGCUCACAGACGCCUCUGUACAGAGAUACUGGCAGCAAGACACCGCUCUGCGAUUCUGGUUCCCGUACCCCUUUGCAUUAUGGUUCGAUGACGCCGCUGCACGAUGGUUCCAGAACUCCCAACGCCAGCUCCGAAUGGGAUCCUUCCGUAUCGAAUGCAUAUCCAUCACCGGGUUACAAUCCCAGCACGCCUGGCUAUCAGAUGAAUUCAUCUUUUACGCCUCAGACGCCUGGAACCAUGUACGAUGCGACCUACAGCCCAUAUCAACCGAGUCCUGGAUAUCAGAGCGUCGUCUCUACGCCGAGCCCAGCAACCGGUUACGGUCAAUCUCCAGCAAGCAAUCAUCCUUACAGCACUCCGAGUUCUGGCUACAGUCCCAACAUGCCAAAUAAUCCUCAAACACCUGGAGCCGGACUUGACGUAUUCCCGAUGACCGAUUGGCACACGGUGGAUAUUGUUGUUCGCAUUAGGGAUAGCCACGACGAUGCUGGCUUAGCUGGUCAGACUGGAGUUAUUCGCAGCAUUAGUGGCGCAAUGUCUUCGGUAUUUCUACCAGAUGAAGAUAGAACGGUCAACAUCAUGUGCGACCACUUGGACCCGGUGCAGCCGCAGCAGGGAGACUUAUUUAAGGUGAUCAUCGGAGAAGAUCGCGAAGCUACUGGAAAAUUGCUCUCCAUUGAUUCCAACAUUGGUGUCGUUGACAUUAGAGGAAAGAUAGACAUGAUGUCUCUUAAUAAUCUGUGCAAGAUUCUUAAUACAUAGGUUUACAAUUUAUAAUUCACAGCUACUAGCUACACGUUUAUAUAUAUAUAUGUAC